CGCCACAGCUGGACAGGCCGUGCAUUAAUAGAUUACAUUCGGGAUUUCAGAUUGUUAACAGCCACGAGCGCUCCAGCUCGGUGUUCUGGGAAAGCACUGCUGCCGAUCCGUUGGAGAGCUUUAUUACUAUUAUCUUGCAGCGAAGGCCGCCUUCCAGGGAAAACAGCACACACGGUGGAGGACAAACCAGCCCCAAACCCUGUGUCGCAGGUGAUCUUAAGUCAAUAAAUACCUCUUCUUCCCAGAUCCAGGUUGACCAUCGCAGCCCCUCUGUGCUUGGCGAGCGGAGCCACCAAGACAGGCCCCCAUGGAUGAAUGGGAAGCCCCCCAGUGGAAGAAGGAAAUCGAAAGCCUUAAGUACCAGCUGGCUUACAAGCGGGAAAUGUCUUCCAAAACCAUCCCCGAAUUCCUUAAGUGGAUAGAAGACGGCAUCCCGAACGACCCGUUCCUGAACCCAGAGCUGAUGAAGAACAACCCCUGGGUGGAGAAAGGAAAAUGCAUCCUCCUCUAACCACGACACCCCCCCCCGCC